AUGUUUGGCCAAUUUCAAAGUUUAUUAGAAGCUUUUCAGCAUCAAGUAUCAACUAGGCCAAAAGACAAAGUUCUUUUGAUCCCCAAUGGUACAAAAUAUGAUGAAAUUAAUUUCCAAGACCUCGAUAUUAUUAUCAAUAAAUACGCUAAUUAUUGGAAUAAACAAUUGGUGAAUGAAAAUUUGGAAAAAAAUAGCGUGAUUGGCUAUUUGGCACAUAGUAGUCCUGAAUAUUUGUUCAACAUUAUGGCCUUAUGGAAGCUAGACUUUCAAAUCUUAACCCUUAGUCCCCGAAAUUCUGAACCUGCUUUAAUUUAUUUACUUCAAGAAGCUAAAUCGCGCAUUCUUAUUUAUGAUCCUCAACUUUCAAAAAUUUCGGUGAAUGUGCAAAAUGAAAUCAAUUCUCAACGUUCACAAUCGUUCAACAUUUUUCAACUUCCUAAAAGAUUAAAAGAUGAAAAGAUUGACUAUUUUGCACCUGUUCUAAAAUUAGAUGAAAAUCCUUAUGAAAAAAUUAUUGCAAUUUUUCAUAGUUCCGGUUCAACGUCAUUUCCUAAAUUAGUUCCUCUCUCCAAUCGUUAUGCAUUAAAGGCAGCCGAAUCAAAUCAUACUGAGGUUAUUUUAUCAACACCUCCAUUAUUUCAUAUUUAUGGAUUUAUUGUCAUAUUAAAAUCUAUCUUAGGUUCUGGUUCGGCACACGCAUUUCCAAUUGUUGCAGGAUCAAUUCCUUUAGCCAAUGAAGUUUUACAUAGUUUAAAACAAUCUAAUGCUAAAAUUCUUUACACUUUACCUACUACCCUUGAACAAAUUUAUAACAAUUAUUCGGAUGAAAUUAAACUAUUAUUAAAUUUAAAAUCCAUAUUUUAUGGUGGUGCAGCAUUGUUACCUCAAGUAGGCGAACAACUUGUUAAAUCUGGCGUCAAAAUUCGAAAUGCUUAUGGUACGACUGAAAUAGGUCCUUUUAUGUCGACUCCAGAAAAUUUGCCAUCUGAUAUUCCAUGGAAUGCAAUGGAAUUAUUAGUUCCUGAAAGUAACAUAAAAUGGAUAGAAAGAAAUGAUAUCCUUGAUGGUGCAAAAGAAUUAGCUAUACAAAAAAGUUCUCCAAAUUUUGCAAGUAUUAGAGGAAAUACAGAUAAUGGUGUUUAUAGUAUAGGUGAUCUUUUUCUUGAAACUCCAAAAGGCUCUGGCUUAUAUAUUUUACUUGGUCGA